UUCUGUCGGCGCGGAAGGUGGCAAUCCCCUCCAGGCUAACGGCGUGGUCUGGGAUUGAUGAUGUGAGCCAUGUUUCGGUCAGGAUCAGAGCGCAGCAUUCUCUAAACUCCCUCUUUGCAGAAAGUUUGAGUUGUAGAUAGGCCAUUUUGUUUUCUAGUGAGUGGACAUUGGACAGCAGGAUGGAGGGGAGCGGCGAUCUGAAUGGGUUAGCCUUCAGCCUGGCUGCUAAACCCCGGCGACAGCCGCGUUUCUUCAGCCGGCUACACCGCUUUCGCUUGGCCCUCCUUCGGCAUGAGCUGCUCGGUGAGUCCGCGGUACCGUAGGUCUCUGGGAAUCAUUCCCGGAGGACUCCGUAGCCGCGUAAACAGUCGAUCGUAGUAGUGGUUACUAGUCCAAAAACAGUACAUGGCCGUAACUCCAGCAGGUGCUGGCGAUCGUGUACCAAUCGGCUGGGUAGAUGAGUAAUUUCUAGCGAGUUUUGCAUUAUUUUUUUUCUGAAAAAUGUCUGCCAGUGGUUGGAGCUGUCCGCCUAGCCGCUGCCCUAGAGCGCAGCCGGAAGUAAGGACCGCAGCCGGAAGUAAGGACUCUCCUUCAGUCUAAUUGCCUUAUCUCUUUUAACUUGUGUUAAUCUGUCCCUUCUGUCUCCUCCCCUAUUUGGGGAGAAGGUUGCAUGCACCUGGCUCGAUCCCCGCAGACAGCCACUGUGGGUCCCUGAGCAAGACCCUUAGACCCAGAUUGCACUAUGUGCACUGUGAUAGCUGCCCACUACUCUCCAAGGGAUGGGUUAAAUGCAGAAGACAAAUUUCAUUGGAAUGUACAAUUACAAUGACAAAUAAAGAUGUCUUGUUCUUCUAUUUAGUCAACCCGUUCAGUUACACACAUUGUCAGGUCCUCUGCUAUGGUACCCCUGGUUCUGGUCUCAGCUUUGCCGUGUUCCUAGUUCCUGUUUUCCCCGCCAACCGGUAAGCCUUGUGUUCAUUACUUAAUAAAUCACUCUUCAUUUCAGCAUGAUUUCUUGCCUGCACUCUGACCCACAAACCAAAAUCCAAGAUAUGAUAGAACCAGUGUAAAGUAAUAUUUUGGUUUAGAGUGACCAGGUCAAAGUUCAAGCUCAGUCUAAAUGAGGAAUCUGUGGUAAGGCUCUAAAAAUGAAUGAAUGAAUGUUCAUCGAUGAUCCCUAUCCAAACUCAUCUGAUCUGUUUUACAAUUAAGAAAAUCAAAUUUUGUAGAUGUGCAAAGCUGGUAAAGACGUAUCCAGAAAGACUUACUGUCGUGAUGUCUGAAUUUGAGCCCCCUUGCAAAGGCAACAACUACUGACGACAGGAAGGUUUACUCACACAUUGGAGAAAAAGGGAAUGUUUCUUUCAGAGGCAGAGGAGGAGUCCAGGACAACACAGACAAGGAGAGGGAAGUUGUAAUUGGCAAGUUGUCAUGUGUGGUUUAGAUUAAUAAAAGUUAUUAUCUCUCUUUCCAGGAGGUAGAAGGAGACAGCAGUGGAGUGAUGGAAGGUGGGGAGGAAAGAUGGGUGGUGAUGGUAGUUUAGAGGAAGUGUUCACACAGUGUUUAGAUCCAGAGGAGCGAUCAGAGGAGAUUAGUGAAGAAGAUCUUGGUGGAAUACUCCAAUGAACUUUGGAAUUGCGGAAGCAGAGGACGGAAUCCCCAAAUGAAUCAGAUACUGCGCAAUCUUUUUUCUGAAAAGACAACAAUGAGAAGCGAGAUGGAGACUCGUUUUGGCAAAAAGACACGCGAUGGGGGGGGUACAGGACGCUGUCGAAGACGUGCAAGAGGUUGUGGAGGAGGCUUUCGUGGACAAGCCACAAGAUUUAGAACUUGUCUCCGUUGGUCGAAAGCCAAAGAAGAAAAUGAAAUAUUCCCCAAGGAAAUUGUGGUCACCAACGGGGGCAGUGGAGUUGACCAAACUGAAACAACAAGCAAAGAUGGAUAGACAGAAGAUCGAUCACCUUGAGGACCGCAUUAAAUACCUGGAGGAGGCCAACAGGGAGCUGAAAAAGGACAAAGACUUCCUUCUUACACAAAAUAAGGAAGCCACUGUGGCACCUGCAUCUAGCAGCAAGUCAGGCUCUAGAGAGAUUGCUCAGGUUCCUCUAUCUUCAACAUCUACUACCCCCUCCUCUUCUUCCACAGACUUAAGCUCCUCAUUAUCUUCAGAGGAAGAGGAAAAGAAGAAGAAGAAGAAAAAGAAGACCAAAAAGUCCAAGAAACACUCUGAUUCGUACAGCCGUUCAAGAAUGACCACAGUGGAUGGAGUUAUCAACCGCUAUGAGAGUGCCCUGAAGAGAUUCACUAAGUUUGGAUCUAUGAAAAAGGCCUUCAACAAGAUUAAAGUUGACCGCAACACCAUUGCGAGGACAGCUGUUAUUGCUGAGCUUGCAAUAACUUUUCCUGACACCUUCAAGGAGCUGCUCCCAGGAAACCACAAUAAUGAGAAGAUCUCCCAGUUUGCAGAGCGUUGUAGGAAUGCUAUAACAAAAGAGAUGGCUAAAACCAUUGCAAAAAAAGAAGUUGAAAACUCCUCCCAAUAAUGUACAAGUACACUUACACUAUUACUUUUAACCAACUUGGGUUUUUAUUUUUUUAGUUGAGUUGUGUUUUUAGUUUUUUUAAAUUUGUAUUUCAGAAGUAAAAUCUGCUGAACAAGAAGUUGAACCCUCUGUUUGGGGAAGAACAACUUUUUCUUUUUUGUUAAAAGUACUGAAGGUUCGUGGUCAAACACGGCCAGGAAUUGAACCCUCUGUUGGAGGAAGAAAAAAAUUGUUCAAAGCAAAUAAAAGAAAGUGUUUGUGUUUA